AUGCAUGCAGGGUCCCUCCCGUCGCGGGAGGGGUUUCCGCACUCUUCGUUUUCGCUGCCUCCGAGCCCUGCAGCAGCAGCAGCAGCGGCGGUGCGCAGCAGCAGCAGCAGCAGCGGGAGCGCCUGGGCAGCCGCAGCAGCAGCAGCAGCAGCAGCGGCGCCGCGGUACCUGCGGACGCGGUUUUUUUUCGAGCCGCAGCUGCAGCAGCAGCAGGAGGAGCAGCAGCAGCUGCUGCUGCAGCAGGGCGUGCUCGGCUCCGACUCUGUUGCUGCUGCAGCAAGAGGCAGACACAGUGUUGUCUGCCGCCACUGGUGGCGAGGUGCAUGCAUGCGUGGGGCUGCAUGCGAUUUUCUGCACAGAGUCAUUUAUCUGCGCAUGCCCAAGUGCAGGCUCGACGGCGCCUGCCUCGACGCAGCCAGGGGCUGCUGCGUGUACCGGCACGAGCAGCAAAACGAGACGGUGGAGAGCCUGAUAGGGUCGGACGCGUGUCGGCUGCUGUGCAGCAGCGGGAGCAGCAACUACACGCAGCAGCAGCAGCAGCAGCAGCAGCAAGAGUGUCUCCACUACUUCUUCGGCUACUGCAAACAGGGGCCCCGCUGCAGAAAGAGACACACGCAGCUAAACAGAUCUUUGAUGCCUGCGGUGGCUCCCAACUGGUUUCUCGAGGCUGUUGUCGCCAACUUCAAG